AUGCGCAUGCGCAAUACACUGCAUGCAAGACAACGUCUUCUAGCUAUGGCCUCGCAAUUCGAUGAUGAUUAUGAGUUUGAUAGUGAUGAAACUCAACUGAAUGAAGAGGAGUAUUCAGAUUUAGAAGAGAGUAGAUCUAUACUUUCAUCUGCAACUUCAAGUCACUAUGUAAAAUCAUCUCCUGCCAACAAAAAAAGAAAAAUAACUAGACAACGACAAACUCCGCUGCAUCUCAAGAGUAGUGUAGUUACUAAUCAGAAGAAAGCAACUAAAGAGAAUAUAAAAGUGUCAUGCAACCAGACGGGUAAAUGUUUUAAAGUGUCCAUAGAUGAGCUUUCAAAAGAGAAUGGAGAAGAUUUAAAUUGGAAGGAUCUGUUUGAUGGUAAUGAAGUCAUCUACGAAUCGAAAGAUGGGAAGACAUAUGAUGUUAAAAUCGUGAAAGAUGCCCCAGAGGUCAGUAGACAAACUAAAGGAAGACCAGCAAAAUCACAAAAAUCAAUCAACAAGGCUACAGUGGAAUCACAAGACCUUUUUAGUCAUGAGGCAAAUACAAGUAUUACUAGGCAAAAAAGUAGUACCAAAGCAGUGAGUUCAAAGAAAAAAACAUCAGAACAGGAAAGUGUUGGUUUUAAAAGGAGCAAAAAUAAUGAACAAAUAGAUACUCAGCAAAUACUAGAUGAAGCAGAUGGUUUGAUGAAAGAUCAUUCUAAAAGAAGCCAAAUUACAGCAGUAGAACAAACGUGGAACUCACACGCUACAGAAUUACUUGUACGCUUAGAUCAAAAAAUGGAUACAAUGAAUACGAAAUUGGUCAAUAUGGAAAAGAAAAUUCAUGACAUCCUACAGGCCAAGAGUGAAGAUAAAGUUGAUGUUUCAACUGUUAUGUGGGAAGGAUGUAAUCUUUUAGAUAUACAGUCUAAAGAUGCCAAUUCGUAUGCACGAUUAUUGCUGGACAAACUAUUUACAAAAAAGGAGCAAAUGACUGGAAUACUGUUUCAGAGCAAGAUAAGUAAUCGUCUGCCGUUGGAUCCAGAACGAGUGAAGAUAUUAUUUAGUUGUUUAAAGUCCAGAUAUAAUAAUUAUGAUUAUUCAAGUGUACAACACACACUCAACCAAAAGUGCAGAGAUGCCAAGGAGGACAUAGUUAUAAACAUUAAUUAAAUUAAGAUAAUUAUUAUUAGAUUCUUUGACCAUUUAUGAUAAUGUACAAUCUUUUUUGCAGUGUCACAGUUGAUCUUGCAUUGUCUUGUGAGAUUAAGUAAUACAAAAUCUUACAAAAUAAUGCAUUAUCUGUGUUCCAAAUACACUUAAGAUCUUGAAAGAUACAAUGUAAGAAUCUUGAAAAAUCUUAUCAUAGAUUCUAGCCAGAUCUUGUUAGUUCAUGUGAGAUUCUAUCCAACAUGAUCUUACAAGAUAUUACAUUAUCCAUGUUCCAAAUUCACUUAAGAUCUUGAAAGAUACAAUGUAAGAUUCUUGAAAAAUCCUAUCACAGAUUCUAGCAAGAUCUUGUUAGUUCAUGUGAGAUUCUAUCCAACAUGAUCUUACAAGAUAUUACAUUAUCCAUGUUCCAAAUUCACUUAAGAUCUUGAAAGAUACAAUGUAAGAUUCUUGAAAAAUCUUAUCACAGAUUCUAGCAAGAUCUUGUUCGUUCAUGUGAGAUUCUAUCCAACAUGAUCUUACAAGAUAUUACAUUAUCCAUGUUCCAAAUUCACUUAAGAUCUUGAAA